UGCAGCCAUAGAGUAUCCAUCUGGCUCAAAUCAGUCUUGCUCUAAAAGACGAGAACAGAGCCCCAACAACAGUCGCUGGUGAUUUUCGUAGUCGCCCUUCCUACUGUAUGAACUCCGUUCAAGUACGCCACUGAAUCCACGACCAACCGCAACAAGACCAGCACCAGAACUAGUCCUUGGUACUCCCGUAUAUCUCCAGCGAUGGCGACCAUCGCACCUCCGCCGUCGAAGCGGCAGCGCCGCGAGGCCCUCGAGCGCACCCAGGUCCAGCAAGAUGUCACACCGGCCCCAAUAGAAGCCGGAUCUUUCAAGGCGCGCUUCGUCGACAACGAGGGCAACCAGAUGGCCGACGUGAUCGAGAUCCCGCUCGCCGAUGCGACCGAGAAGAACGUCUCCCUGCUCCUCAACACCUUGCUCGAGCGCGAGCGGGAGGAGUUCGCGCCCUACCGGUUCAGGAUACACGUGCCCAACUCGGACGUGGUGAUCGACAACUACCCGACCCCCGCAGAGUUCCUGGCCGUGCUGCGGAAACAUGGCGUCGAGAACCCGUUUGAGACGACAAUCACCUUGGCCGCAGAGCCGCAGGCCGUGUUCAAGGUGCAAGCAGUCACCCGCAUGGCGCACAAGAUCCCCGGCCACGGCGAGGCCAUAUUAGCGGCCAAGUUCUCGCCCAAGACCAGCGGCAGGCUCGCGACGGGGUCCGGAGACAACACGGCGCGGAUAUGGGACACGGACCUGGGCGUGCCGAAGCACACGCUCAAGGGCCACACGGGCUGGGUGCUGACGGUGCAGUGGGCGCCCGACGGGAGCGUGCUGGCGACGGGGUCCAUGGACAAGACGGUGCGGAUAUGGAACCCAGAGACAGGCCAGCCCGCCGGCGUGUCCAAGGCGUUUGCGGGACAUGCGAAGUGGGUGACGGAUCUGGCGUUUCAGCCGUAUCACCUCUGGACUGAGGACACGCCGCGGCUCGCGAGCGCGAGCAAGGACGCCACGGUCAGGAUAUGGAUUGUCAACACCGGCCGGACAGAACACGUGCUGUCCGGGCACAAGGGGAGCAUCAUGAGCGUGAAGUGGGGCGGCACGAACCUCUUGUACACGGGAAGCCAAGACAAGACUGUCAAGAUUUGGAACGCGGCUGACGGCACGCUGCGGCAUACGCUCUCGUCGCACGCGCAUUGGGUGAACCAGAUUGCGUUGUCGACAGACUUUGUCCUGCGUACAGCAUUCUACGACCACACCAAGAACAUCCCCGCCACGACGGAGGAGAAGCGUGCAAAGGCCAAGGAGCGGUUUGAGAAGGCGGCCAAGUUCGGCGGCCAGAUCACAGAGCGGCUAGUGUCAGCCAGCGACGACUUCACAAUGUACCUCUGGGACCCCGAGAACAAUGGGACGAAACCUGUGGCGCGCAUGCUGGGCCAUCAGAAGCAGGUCAACUACGUGACGUUUUCCCCGGAUGGCAAUCUGCUCGCCAGUUCUGGCUUUGACAAUCACACCAAAAUCUGGAGUGCUCGCGACGGCAAGUUCAUUCAAACUCUUCGUGGCCACGUGGCUGCCGUAUAUCAGUGCGCUUUCUCCGCAGACUCGCGUCUGCUCGUCACUGCCUCCAAGGACACCACCCUCAAAGUGUGGAGCAUGUCGUCCUUCAAGCUCACCGUGGAUCUGCCGGGCCACCAAGACGAGGUCUACGCCGUUGACUGGAGCCCCGACGGACAGCGUGUCGGCAGUGGCGGCAAGGACAAGGCUGUCCGGCUGUGGAGGAACUAGAGUGGGAGCGGCACUUGAGACAAAACUCGGGAUUUCCUGGACUGGGAGGAAAUCGCCCCAAGGUAACGAGACUGCCAACAGAACGCAUGACGAUCCCUACACCGGUCAUAGGCCUAAGACAUCAGCGCGUGUAAGUAGCAUGAGUUUUGGCCGGCUGUUCAAUCACUUCGAUGUAAUAUCAUGAGGUAGCGCCAGAAAUUCGAGAUACCCUUGCCACUAUCCAGCG